GUGUAUGUUUUUUUAUUACUGCUUUGUCCCCUGAGUGCCCUAGAGAUUCAUUGAUGUGUGAAUAUGAAGUUCUCAGCACCAAAUUGUGUCUUGCAGAUACCAUCCGGGAAGAACCCUUUAAUCUGUUGAUACUGCACCUGACCAUCUUGGUAGCAUCCCUCAUCCCUUAUCCAAGUGCACUGGAAUCUACUGAACAGAACUUAGUUGACCCACAUCUGUCCUACACAUUAUCUGAAUCUAAGUGGAUAACUUUUCACUUCUUGGAAACACAAGGUCAAGGUUAACCAAAAAAAAAAACGAUGGCAAAUUCAGGAUUCCAGCUACUUGGAUAUUUCCUUGCAUUAGGAGGCUGGAUUGGCAUUAUAUCAACAACAGCUUUACCCCAGUGGAAGCAGUCAUCGUAUGCAGGGGAUGCCAUUAUCACAGCGGUGGGACUGUAUGAGGGGCUCUGGAUGUCAUGUGCCUCUCAAAGCACUGGGCAGGUACAGUGCAAAGUCUACGACUCCCUGCUUUCCCUGGAGGUUCACAUCCAGACCACACGGGCACUCAUGGUGGUCGCCAUGCUCCUUGGAUUUGUUGGUAUUAUAAUCAGUGUGGUUGGAAUGAAAUGUACUAAAGUUGGUGAUAACAACCCCAUUACCAAGAGCAGAAUUGCUGUCUCUGGCGGAGUACUGUUCCUGCUAGCAGGUCUUUGUACCUUAAUAGCAGUUUCAUGGUAUGCAACGCAAGUCACUCACGAUUUUUUCAAUCCCAACACUCCAGUAAAUGCAAGAUAUGAAUUUGGCUCUGCACUGUUUGUUGGGUGGGCCUCUGCCAGCCUGACAAUGUUGGGGGGAUCAUUCCUCUGUUGUUCCUGCCCCACCGAGGACAGAAGAGGACAGCAGUACUACAGACAGUCACAGCCUUCAGCUACAACCAGAGAAAUCACAAAAAUGCCUGCCAAGAAAAAAGAAGAAACAAGCUAAUUGUGGCAACUAUCAGGAUUAGACUAAACUUUCUUUGUCAAGAGACUUGGCUGCAGGAAGGACAACAAAGGAGGAUUCAGCGGAACAUUACAGAUGAACUUUUGUAAAUGUAACAGCAGCUUGUGAUUAAUAACAAUGGUUUACGAAACAGCAGCACAUUUUUGGUGUUCGGUCUCUCUAAUUGGCAGCAGGAAGACGGACAGAUAUUUUCUCUACUGAGGCUUAUUUUCAGUAUGGAAUUCCCCAUACAUUUCACCUUAUCUGUUACUUUAGCUUUGCAUCUGUGAAUUUGAGAAUUAUAGAUUUCUUAACCUACUAAAUCUGCAAAGCUGCAAAAUGCUUUGCCCUUAACUUUUUGGGUAUCUGAGGAAUUACUACAAUUAGGUUUGGUUGACAACAGGGUUGGCCUGGCCUGCAGAAACACCAGUGGAUUUAGGUUGGGCCUGGAUUCAGUGAAUUCCCAUUAGUCCACCCUUAGGGGCACAUUUACUAAUCCACGAACGUCCAAAAAGCAUCCGAAUGCGUUUUAUUCGUAAUGAUCGG